UUUUGACAGCGCGUUAUGUUUGAGCUUUUUACUGUGACGCAUCGUACGUGCUUAAACAAAUCGAAUUCGAUGGAUAAUAAAAAACCAUUUGGGUCCUCCUCAUCACAUAAUAAUAAAAACAUAACCUCUAAUCAAACACUGACAGUAGAUCAACUAGAUAUUGAAAUUUUGCCAAUAAUCUACGAAAUUAUUCGAUGUUUUGAGAAAGAUCCUACGGAUAACGCUGCCAAGCAAAGAGAAUCACAAGACUGCAGUCAAAAAGUUAUUGAAUUGCAACGUCGUUUGGAUAGCGCUCGAGCACAAGUAAACCGACUUUCUGGUAUUAACUACAAUAAAGACGAACAAUUACAUCGCUUAGAUUUACUACGCAAUCAACUCAAACAAAAACAACACUUGAUUAAGAAAUACAAGAAUAUUCAAUUUUAAGCAUAUUUACGACAUCUAGUAUUCACAUCAUAGUAUGUUACGACAUCUUCUUAAAAGAUUGACAAGCGAAAAGAUUGUAGAAUAUUUGGCACAAACAUAUGUAAUAAAAAGGGCUGCACAAA